UCGUGUACACAAGCAACUCUUCUCGCCAACAAGAAGAUCGUAUUAGCAGGCAUUAUGGUCGGUGGUGGAGAGAGAGUAUACGGAACCCUGGGCAAGUGGAGGCAACUGUUGACUUACCUCGUGUUGAUGCUGCUCUGCCUCGCCAACGCUGCUGUAGCCAACAAAAUUCUGGACCGCAUUCAGAAUGACUUCGGCGACUACUACAAGAUCCUCAACUACGCCAUGACGAACACUUCAGACUUCAUAAAAUUUAAUGUCACAAGUCCCUGUGAGUGUCGUAAUUGGUGCUUCGUGUAUUCAGCCUGUCACUCGGUGUCGGUGAUGCCACAAGCGAACGGCGUGAGGGAGUGCCGCAUAUCCAGUGAACCAACUAACAUCGGCGAUCGGUCUCAGCGUCCCAAACUCAAGAAGACCUCUGGCGCCAUACACUUCCUCGCUGCAGUCUCAGGAACCAGAGACUGGGAUACUCUUUUGGAUGAUGGCUUCAGGUGGCGUACGGAGAGCACCUCUUAUAUUUGGAGUUACCGACUAUCUAGCGCGAGACUUGCCAUCCUCUCAUCACUACAUCAGGUGAAGCUCGCUAUGAGAGACACGACAGUAAACAAGCCGUACUACGUGGAUCUGUCUCGCAAUGACACUGACCAACCCGUCUGGAACGCUGGUGGCGGGAAUGUUAAGUACAACGAUACAGACCUUGACCCAACACGUAUCCAGGACGACCCAAACCUCUCCAGCUCCAAGUUCUAUUUUAUUCAUGAUGGUUCCCAGUACACAUUUGUUGGGACUUCUGGCUCAACAGAAAGAAUUCACCUUCAGCAGUAUAACUACCUCAACCUCUGGGAGUGACGUGGCCAGCUGCGGCAGCUGUGGGGGGACUUAACAGUGGGACCUUCACUUACAGUAAUGUUGAUGUUCAUUGCUUGACUACGACGUGACUUGUCUCAGAGCUCCCUAAGACCACGCCGGAGUAGACGUUGUUGACCUGGCCCUCACCUCCCUGGCAGACAUUACUGACCUGGCCCUCACCUCCCUGUCAGACAUUACUGACCUGGCCCU